AACAUUGCCUUCUUCUCACUGGACUCUGUUAUCCACUACUUGCGGUUGUUGCUUGUAAUACUCUUGAGAGUUCAAUGGCUUCCCUUAGGAACUUGUUGAAGAAAAAUUCUUUAACGUCCAACAAUCUUCCUAUAAGGAGGUUUUUCUCUUCCGAAGCUGCGCUUGAAUCUCCUUCAUUUGCUCACAAAAUCAGGGAUCUGCCCAACAAUCGUCCUCAAGCUAAAAUCAAGCCUGAAGUUUCUCAGCUUAUUGGGAAAACUCCUCUUGUUUACCUUAACAAAGUGACUGAAGGAUGUGGAGCUUUCAUUGCAGUCAAGCAAGAGAUGGUGCAGCCAACUGCCAGUAUCAAGGACAGGCCGGCUUUUGCAAUGAUCAAUGAUGCAGAAAAGAAGAAUUUAAUUUCUCCUGGAAAGACGACCUUGAUAGAGCCAACUUCUGGAAAUAUGGGGAUCAGUAUGGCUUUUAUGGCAGCCAUGAAAGGAUACAAGAUGGUUCUAACCAUGCCUUCUUACACCAGCUUGGAGAGGAGGGUAACUAUGAGGGCAUUUGGAGCUGAGCUAAUUCUCACUGAUCCCACCAAGGGAAUGGGAGGAACAGUUAAGAAGGCUUUUGAGCUUUUGGAAUCAACACCAAAUGCUUUCAUGCUGCAACAAUUUUCAAAUCCUGCAAAUACUAAGAUCCAUUUUGAAACUACGGGUCCUGAAAUUUGGGAGGAUACACUUGGACAAGUUGACAUCUUUGUAAUGGGAAUAGGCAGCGGAGGAACAGUCUCUGGUGUUGGACAGUACCUUAAAUCUCAAAAUCCUGCUGUUAAGAUAUAUGGAGUGGAGCCUACUGAAAGUAAUGUGCUGAAUGGUGGUAAACCAGGACCUCACCAUAUUACUGGAAACGGAGUUGGAUUUAAACCAGAUAUAUUGGACUUGGAUGUAAUGGAAAAAGUUCUUGAGGUUAGCAGCGAAGAUGCAGUAAACAUGGCUCGGAGGUUGGCGUUGGAGGAGGGGCUUAUGGUGGGAAUAUCAUCCGGAGCCAACACAGUUGCUGCACUUAGACUUGCUAGAAUGCCAGAGAACAAAGGCAAACUUAUUGUGACUGUUCAUCCAAGUUUCGGGGAGCGAUACUUGACUUCUGUCCUGUUUGAAGAACUGAGAAAAGAGGCUGCAAACAUGCAACCAGUUCCAGUUGACUAAGGCCUUCGAAUGGAAUGUUCUAUGCAACCAAUUCCUGUGUUGUGCAACCAUUUGUUGAGAUCGUAUUACUUUUUAGCUCUGUUGAGUUUUAAACUGUGCCCAGAAAACUUAUUGUGAUAAAAGCUUAUUUGUCUAAUAGAAAUCCUAUUUAUGGCUUCAA